UCAUGGCUAUAUAUGUGGGCGUCGUACGCCUCAGUUCUCACAGGCAGUACGCAGCCUAUGCAUGCAUGCACAUCCCAACGCGUCCACGCAAUACAGAGUAGACAUCACUACAUCAAAGAUCAAUCAUGGCCGGAGCUCGUCAUAAGGUCGCCGAGCUGUUGCGCCACGCACGGCGACUGUCGACGGCCGCGCUCGACAAGGCAUUGUCCCUCCUGUCAUCGCCUUCGUCCUGGUCAUACGUGCAGCACCACGUCGUCAAGGAGCCGGUGGCGCGGUUGCGGCGCGCUCUCGCCGGGCGGUUCUGGCGACGACUCGGCUCGCUGCUCGUCCACGUCGCGUACUUCCUCGCCGUCUCCUGGCUCGGUUACCUCCUCCUCGCGCAGCUCAGGUUCCGCGCCGGCGGCGACGGGACGAGGCGGCCCCGCGGCAUCGACCUGUUCUUCACCGCCGUCUCGGCCGCGACGGUGUCAAGCAUGUCCACUGUCGAGAUGGAGGUGUUCUCCAAUGGCCAGCUCCUCGUCCUGACUGUCCUCAUGUUCGUCGGUGGCGAGGUGUUUUUGUCGCUCCUAGGCCUCGCGUCCAAGUGGUCCAAGCUGAGGAAGCAAAUUCACAAAUCAUCCCGGCGCGUCGAGAUCCACCACGUCGCCGAGCUUGAGAUGCCGCCGGUGGACGCCGCCACCGAAUUCGACAACCCAACGUCGAUGACAUCGACCGCCGAUGAUGAGAUAAGCAAGCCGUUGGGCCACUCGCACGAUACCAGGCUGCGGCGCGACGCGGUGCUGUCGCUCUUCUUCGUCGUCCUCGCCAUCCUCCUGGCGGUGCACGUCCUCGGCGCCGGGGCCAUCGCGGCGUACAUCUUGCACGCGUCGCCGGCGGCGAGGCGGACGCUGCGGGGCAAGGCCCUGAACGUGUGGACCUUCGCCGUGUUCACGACGGUGUCCACGUUCUCGAGCUGCGGGUACAUGCCGACGAACGAGAACAUGAUCGUCUUCAAGCGGGACACCGGGCUGCAGCUGCUGCUCGUGCCGCAGGCGCUGGUCGGGAACACGCUGUUCCCGCCGCUGCUGGCCGCCUGCGUGCGCUUCGCCGCCGCGGCGACCAGGCGCGUGGAGCUCAAGGAGACGGCGAAGAAGGGCCGGGAGCUGACGGGGUACUACCACCUGCUCCCGGCGCGGCGGUGCGCGAUGCUGGCGGCGACGGUGGUGGGCUUCCUCACCGUGCAGGUGGCGAUGCUGUGCGGCAUGGAGUGGGGCGGCGCGCUGCGGGGGAUGAGCCCGUGGGAGAAGGUGUGCAGCGCGGUGUUCCUGGCGGUGAACUCCCGGCACACCGGCGAGUCGACCCUUGACAUCUCCACCCUCGCGCCGGCCAUCCUCGUGCUCUUCGUGCUCAUGAUGUACCUGCCUCCAUACACGACAUGGUUUCCAUUUGAAGAGAGGUCGGGCGUGAAGGACCAUCCCACGGAGGAGACCCAGGGGGUCAGGUUGCUCAAGAGCACGCUUCUGUCACAAUUCUCCUACCUCGCCAUCUUUGUCAUUGCCGUCUGCAUCACCGAGAGGGAAAAGCUCAAGGAGGACCCCCUCAACUUCAACUUGCUCAGCAUCGUCGUCGAAGUCGUCAGCGCUUAUGGAAAUGUGGGCUUCUCCAUGGGUUACAGUUGCAGCAGGCAGAUCAGCCCGGACCGGCUGUGCACUGACAGGUGGACCGGCUUUGCUGGGAGGUGGAGCGAUUCCGGCAAACUCAUCCUCAUUCUUGUCAUGCUCUUCGGGAGGAUGAAAAAGUUCAGCAUGAAAGCGGGCAAAGCCUGGAAGCUUAGUUAGGGCAUGGUCAUGGCAUAGCCUCAGGGUGCUAUGUAGGAUCGGAUGACAGAAAAAGUAGGCUCGGAUUGGAAAGCGGGAUCCUCUACAGGAGACGGGUGCUUGAAAAAAAAGUAUGGUCCGGUACAUAAAUUUGGAAAAGUUGAAGCAAAGAGUAGGAAUACAUGUGUAGUGAGAGUCACUUUCUAUUCUUUGAUGAUGCCCACUGAUAGUAGCUUGCAUUGGGGAGAAAAAAUCAACAUAAAUGCCUCAAAUUACUUUUUGUUAUGAGGCAUCUGUAUCCAUAUGCCAUCAUUGUACAUGCCCUUAGGACAGCACCUAAUGACCACCGCAGGCACCAGUGGCCAUGGCCGGAGUGAGCUCCGAAUUAAUCACAAGAAUGGUUUCCUCUUC